AUGUCUCAAACAAAGACUGCGUCUACUUUGAAAAGAUUUGAUAUUUUUGCUCUUCCUUUUUAGUUUUCUUUUGGUAAUAAUGAAAAAGAAAAGAAAACAGUCAUAGGAGGUCUUAUUUCUGUGGCCAUUUUAAUAGUUUCUUCCAUAUAUUUCGGAUACCUUUGUUAUCUCUAUUUUUAAAAUAAAGUUUAGCCACAAGUAGUUUCUUCAAAUAUCUUUCAAAAAAAUUAAUACAUCAUGCAAUUCUAACAGAAUUUUAUUUCUGUUUAAGUUAUAUUACCUAAUGGUUAGAAUCUAUAUGAUUAUUAAUAGUAAACAGGUAAAAUUUACCUAAACAUUCUUGCAAUACAUAAGACUGGAAAAGUUAUUUUUGAUUAUAUUCCUUAGCCAUUAAUCCCUUGCAGUGAUUCUAAUUUAUCAGGAUAUUUGUGCUUUGAUUCAAGUAAAAUCGGGGAUGGCGAGAAUCUUUUCUCUCUUACAUACAACCCUGAUGAUUUAGAAUUAAAUUAAUUUAAUAUUGUGUUUGGAAUUUGUAAUCCAAUGCUAGUGAAAAGCCCUUACAUAUGCGAAGAUGAGAAAAUAAUAAGAAACACUCUUAUUUCUUAUAACACAUAAAUAACAACUAGAAUUAAUUUAACACAAUUUAAUACUUAGACUAAGAGGCUAGAAUAAAGAGUUGUAAAAGAACCAUUUUACUUUGAUACUAAUUUAGGAUUUUAUACAAAAUUCCACCUUUAAAAAACAGAUCUCACUUAACAACAAGGCUUUAUAAUAUAAAAUUCUGAAUAUAAUACAUAUUUUUCUGGUUAUGCUCGCAGAGAUAUAUUUUCAUCACAAUCUUUCAUAUAGAGUGAGAUGAAAAUGAAUAUUUUAGGUGCUAUAGAGUUCUUUAUUGGCUCGGAGAGUAUCGAUUUAAACAUUUAAUUCCCUUAGUUUACUUCUCUAUUGGCUUAAUUUACAAGUGUAUUUAAUUCAUUAUUGUUCUUAGGAAUUAUAAGCAAAUUCUUUGCAGAAUCAGAAAUCUUCAGCUAAGUUGCAGAAAUGUAGCUCAAAGUUUAUUUCAAAAAAUCAGCCGUAUUUAUUUUAUAAUAAAUUGGCUAAGGAGAAGAUAUACAAAGAGAGUAGCAAAAAGGUUUAGAUAAGCUAAUUAAUUAUAUUAAAAAUUAAGAUUUCAAAAAUUUAGGUAAAAAGAUGAAAAUUAGUCUACUAAACAAGAUUAUGUACAUUUUCAUGGGUAAAAUUAAAAAAGAAGAAAAAGAAACAAUAUAAGUGAAAAUGUUUAAGCAGAUAGUCAGCCAAUCAAAUAAGGCUUUGAACAUAUUUGAAAUGUAAAAAGAAUUGCUGCAAUUGAAAAUAAUGAUGAGGUUAGUCUUAUCCGUUGAGUAAUAUGCAGCAAUUCAAUUAUGUGGAAGCAAACUGCCAAUAAAUAAUGAUAUAUAAAAAGAUUAAGAUCAAGAAAUGAUUUAAGGUAUAAAAGAUGAAGACAGUUAUUCUAAUUAGAUAGUAAGUUAAGAUUAAAAGCUUGAAAAGAGUAUUGAAAUGAAAGAAGAAAAAUAAUAGAGCCAUUAAGAUAAAACUUAAAACAAUAUUUUAUCUUUUAAUAAUGAGAAAUAGGAGUCAGUCAGGAAGUUUACUGCAACAGUUUUUCCUAUCAGUAUGGAAUAAUAAGCAAUAGAUCAAAAAAAAAUAAAUCUUUAAACGAAAUUAAUAAGUCACUUAGAAAAAAUAGAUAUGAUAGAAAGAGAUGAGGGAUUUUUUAAAACUUGUUUGGAUAAAUUCUUAUUGAAUAAAUCACAACCUAAAUCUGAAAUCGAUUAAAGGAUACUAGAAUGCAUGAUUGGACUUGAAAGUUAAAAUUCAAUUUAAUGA